CCCGAAAGUCCAUAAGGCCGCAAUCCUUAGAAAUUUAUAUACAAUGCCAUCACUAUCCUAUCAUAAUCAGAAGCCAGUAUCAGUGUCAGUGGUCAGGAACGCUGAGGCCGCUCUAUCAAAAUAAUAAACAAAAAUGGCGGCAAACCGAGCGAUAGUGAAGCUCGCCCAUCACGAGCAACAAGAAUUGUGCGUAACGAGACCUACGUACAGGCAAGGAAGAAAAUUAACGGCUGUGAAGGUAUAUACUGUAAACAACGAAUCUCAGCAUCUGAUGAUAUGUGGUGUGCCUAAGCUACAGCUCAGUGAGGAGAUAAGGAGGCUUGCAUCUCCGUACGGAGAUGUAAAAAAAGUCUCACUUGUCCCAGAGUAUCCCACAGAAGAAUUCACCGAGGCGUAUCACGUGCAUUAUGGACGGAUUCAAAGUGCCAGAAUAGCCAAGCGAUUCAUAGAUGGUAAGAACUUCUACGGAGGGCUGCUGCAUGUAUUCUAUGCGCCAGAAUUAGAAAGUAUCUCUGAAACAAGAGCCAAACUACUUCAACGACGAAGAGACAUCGCUAUCCGGAUAAAGAGAAAUCAGGAAGAUCUAGCAAACCCAGAAACAGACUCAUUCACCCCUAAGAAUCAGUACCAUCGAAAGAAGAAAACACCUGCGCUGCCUCUGACCGAAGAUCGCCUUAGUCAAAUAUAUCCUGGAGAAUCUCUAACAUCAAUAUACGAUGGGAUUCCUCGGUCAAUUGAUCCGCGACCAGUUGCAGAACCAAGCAUACCGCAAAACUGCCCAUUGCCACACAGUAGUAAAUCACUGCCUGACCACGGACAGCUAUUUGCGCCAUAUCAGCCAAACGAUGCUGUUCUGAUUGCUACUAGUACAAGAAGCUCGGGAAAUAUUUCCAGUAGAUCAGCUACUGUAAAGCAUAAAAACUACAAAGGCCAAAAUAUCAAGGAGAGAAGAUUUGUUAAGCUUACAAGACCGUAUAUAAUAGACACACGGAAUAUGGCGAAGAUAACAACCCCAUCACAAAACAGUAUUGAAGAUAAAACAGUGUUUAUCAAUAUCAAGAAGGUUGAAAGUAGCAUUAAAAUUAAACUAUUGCCUGAAGAGCAGAAAAGUAAAAAACGGAUUGUCUUGAAAAAUCCGAAUACAAGUAGCCUGCUGCAACCUAGUCCAGAUCUCCAGUCUUCUAUAAGUUCGGCAAAGUUCCAGAUCAGAAAAGCGAUGAAAAAAAAUUAGGCACUAUUGUGACGCACAAAUAUUUAUCGAUUUGCACAAUAAGUUCGAAGG